AUGGGACUUGAAAUUCAAGAUGAAAGACAAUUCUUAUCAUUCAGGGAGAGCCUCAGUGAAGUCAAUAGUACGCAUUUCUCAAAACGAGAGUUGCCGGACGGGAAGCUUGAACAAGAUAGCUCUGUUCAACCAACCAUCUACAAGGUUUAUAAGCGACGAUUUGUUGGGUUGAUUAUGUUGGCUCUACUGAAUGCUAUGUCCGCUCAUAACGCUACACUCUUUACAACCAUCACUACUCAAACUUCUUCCGUUUUUCAAAUGUCUUUAACAAAAGUGAAUUGGCUUGGAAACAUUUUCGGGGUCACUUUUGUUGUAGUAGCUUGGUUUGUACCUUUACUCGUCGAAAAAAUGGCUAUACGAUGGGUUUGUAUUAUGGCCGGGGCAGCCAUGACUAUUGGAGCUUGGUUACGCUAUGCUGCCACAUAUACAACAAACUCUCUAGACACACACGCUGAGCUAUGGCGCUACACAACAAUGAUAAUUGCUGUCUCAAACCCAGUAGGUCAAGCAGUUGCAAGUUUUCUUGCACCAACACUUGUUCCUGAAAAAGCUACUAUGAGUGAUUUCAAAACAUUACUUUUAGUUGUCGCAUCUGCUACUACUUUGAUUUCGUUAGUAUCACUUGCUAUUGGGAAUGGACCUCCAACUCCUGCCUCAGCUAUUUCUGAAAUACCACGUUAUUCAGCUUGGGAUGGAUUUAAAGUCUUAUUUGGGAUUCAUACGUCAUCAAAAGCAAAAGUCAAUCGACAAUUUCACACUUAUAACAAAACUCAACCUGACAAUCAAAAUUCAAAUCCAGCUUAUAAAAACUCUCCAGAAUACCUUGACUUCACUAUUGAUGAACGACCUGGUCAUGAGGAUUUGACACGAAGAGAUAGGAUUGACUUUCUCUUAUUAACUUGGUUAUUUGGUACACUUGUUGGGGCUUUUUCUGCUUAUGCAAUCUUGAUUGAACAAAUCUACUCACGUGAGUUAAGUCUCAAUUCAAGAAAGCCAAAAACCUGA